AUGGGGCUGGAGGCCCAGAGGCUGCCAGGGGCCGAGGAGGCCCCAGUAAUGGUGGCCCUUCGAGUCCGCCCGCUGCUGCCCAAGGAGCUGCUACACGGGCAUCAGAGCUGCCUGCAGGUGGAGCCUGAGCAGGGGCAAGUCACCCUGGGGCGCAACCGCCACUUUGGCUUCCAUAUGGUGCUGGCAGAGGACACGGGGCAGGAGGCUGUGUACCAGGCCUGCGUGCAGCCCCUCAUCGAGGCUUUCUUUGAGGGCUUCAAUGCCACUGUCUUUGCCUAUGGUCAGACAGGCUCAGGAAAGACGUACACCAUGGGAGAGGCCAGUGUGGCCUCCCUACAUGAAGAUGAGCAGGGCAUCAUCCCAAGAGCCAUGGCUGAAACCUUCAAGCUUAUUGAUGAAAAUGACUUGCUGGACUGCCUGGUCCAUGUGUCCUACCUGGAAGUGUACAAGGAGGAGUUCCGAGACCUGCUGGAGGUGGGCACUGCCAGCCGUGACAUCCAGCUCCGGGAAGAUGACCGUGGCAAUGUUGUGCUGUGUGGCGUGAAGGAGGUGGACGUGGAGGGCCUGGACGAGGUGCUGAGCCUCCUGGAGAUGGGCAACGCAGCGCGACACACGGGGGCCACGCACCUCAACCGCCUGUCCAGCCGCUCUCACACGGUCUUCACCGUGACCCUGGAGCAGCGGGGGCGCGCCCCCAGCCGCCUGCCCCGGCCGCCGCGCCAACUGCUGGUCUCCAAGUUCCAUUUCGUGGACCUGGCGGGCUCGGAGAGGGUCCUCAAGACGGGCAGCACGGGCGAACGGCUCAAGGAGAGCGUGCAGAUUAACAGCAGCCUGCUGGCGCUGGGCAACGUCAUCAGCGCCCUGGGGGACCCCCAGCGCCGCAGCAGCCGCAUCCCCUACCGCGACUCCAAGAUCACCCGGAUCCUCAAGGACUCGCUGGGCGGGAAUGCGAAGACGGUGAUGAUCGCCUGCGUCAGCCCCUCCUCCUCGGACUUCGACGAGACCCUGCACACGCUCAACUACGCCAGCCGCGCCCAGAACAUCCGCAACCGCGCCACGGUCAACUGGCGGCCCGAGGCCGAGCGGGCGCACGAGGAGCCGGCGACGGGGCCCGGGGCGCGGGGGCCGCCGCGACACCGCUCCGAGACGCGGAUCAUCCACCGCGGCCGCGCCCCGGGCCCCGUCGCCGGCUCCGCCGCGGCCACCGCGCGCCUGGGCGCCGAGUGCGCGCGCUACCGGGCGCGCACCAACGCCGCCUACAGCCUCCUGCGCGAGCUGCAGGCCGAGCCCGGGCUGCCCGGCGCCGCCGCGCGCAAGGUGCGCGACUGGCUGUGCGCCGUGGAGGGCGAGCGCAGCGCCCUGAGCUCCGCUUCCGGGCCCGACAGUGGCGUCGAGAGCGCCUCCGCCGAGGACCCCGCCUCGCAGGGCACCGGAGGGCAGAAGGAGGAGGAGGGGGCACAGCAGCUGCUGAGCUUGCAGAACCAGGUGGCCCGCCUGGAGGAGGAGAACAGAGACUUUCUGGCAGCGCUGGAGGAUGCCAUGGAGCAGUACAAGCUGCAGAGUGACCGGCUGCGGGAGCAGCAGGAGGAGAUGGUGGAGUUGCGGCUGCAGCUGGAGCUAGUGCGGCCCGGCUGGGGGUCUCCGGGGCUCCUGCAGGGCCUGCCUCCCGGCUCCUUUGUGCCUCGGCCUCACACAGCCCCCCUGGGAAGUGCUCACACCCAUGUGCUGGGCAUGGUGCCCCCUGCCAGCCUUCCUGGAGAUGAAGUUGGCCCUGAGCAGUGGGGAGAGCAGGUGACAAAUGACAGCGAGGCUGGAGCUGAGGUGCUGGCUGAGGUGGACAGGCCGGGAAGUGGUUCUUCAGCUGCAUCAGAGGAGGACGAGGAGGAGAAGUCCAGGCGGGCCUUGCAGCUGCACAGAACUGGAAUCACCCACUGGAGCCAGCGGUCAGGGCCAUGCCCAGGGGGCCCACCUGACAGGAGGGGCCCAGAGUCCUUAGAGCUGGAUGCUGGCAUCCUGGGCCCCAGAGCUGUUGGUGGGAGUAAGAUUCGGGUUCAUACCCGCCAGGUCCCUGUUGCCAUGGCCUCUGAGUGGCGGCUGGCCCAGGCCCAGCAGAAAAUCCGGGAGCUGGCUAUCAACAUUCGCACAAAGGAGGAGCUCAUUGGAGAGCUGGUUCGCACAGGGAAGGCGGCCCAGGCCCUGAACCGGCAGCACAGCCAGCGCAUCCGGCAGCUGGAGCAGGAGGCUGAGCGGGUACGGGCAGAGCUGAGUGAAGGCCAGAGGCAGCUGCGGGAGCUGGAGGGCAAGGAGCCCCGGGACGCUGGUGAGCAGUCCCGGCUCCAGGAGUUUCGCAAGAGGGUGGUCGCGGCCCAGAACCAAGUGCAGGUGCUGAAGGAGAAGAAGCAGGCGACAGAGCGGCUGGUGUCGCUGUCGGCUCAGAGCGAGAAACGGCAGCAGGAGCUGGAGAGGACGGUGCAGCUCAUGCGUCAGCAGCAGGGCCAGCUGCAGAGGCGACUUCGGGAGGAGACAGAGCAGAAGCGGCGCCUGGAGACAGAGAUGACCAAGCGGCAGCACCGUGUCAAGGAGCUGGAGCUGAAGCAUGAACAGCAGCAGAAGAUCCUGAAGAUCAAGACAGAAGAGAUUGCUGCUUUCCAGAGGAAGAGGCGCAGCGGCAGCAACGGCUCUGUGGUCAGCCUGGAGCAGCAGCAGAAGAUCGAGGAGCAGAAGAAGUGGCUGGACCAGGAGAUGGAGAAGGUGCUGCAGCAGCGGCGGGCGCUGGAGGAGCUGGGGGAGGAGCUCCAUAAGCGGGAGGUCAUCCUGGCCAAGAAGGAGGCCCUGGUGCAGGAGAAGACGGGGCUGGAGAGCAAGCGCCUGCGGUCCAGCCAGGCCCUGAAUGAGGACAUUGUGCGAGUGUCCAGCCGACUGGAACACCUGGAGAAGGAGCUGUCCGAGAAGAGCGGGCAGCUGCGGCAGGGCAGUGCCCAGAACCAGCAGCAGAUCCGCGGGGAGAUCGACACCCUUCGCCAGGAGAAGGACUUGCUGCUGAAGCAGCGCCUGGAGAUUGACAGCAAGCUGCGGCAGGGCAGCCUGCUGUCGCCCGAGGAGGAGCGGACGCUGUUCCAGCUGGAUGAGGCCAUUGAGGCCCUGGACGCUGCCAUCGAGUACAAGAACGAGGCCAUCACCUGUCGCCAGCGGGGGCUUCGGGCCUCGGCUUCCCUGCUCUCCCAGUGUGAGAUGAACCUAAUGGCCAAGCUCAGCUACCUGUCGUCCUCGGAGACCAGAGCGCUGCUCUGCAAGUACUUUGACAAGGUGGUGACACUCCGGGAGGAGCAGCACCAGCAGCAGAUUGCCUUUUCGGAGCUGGAGAUGCAGCUGGAGGAGCAGCAGCGGCUGGUGUACUGGCUGGAGGUGGCCCUGGAGCGGCAGCGCCUGGAGAUGGACCGCCAGCUGACCCUGCAGCAGAAGGAGCACGAGCAGAACACGCGGCUGCUGCUGCAGCAGGGUCGAGACCACCUCGGUGAGGGGCUGGCAGACAGCAGGCGGCAGUACGAGGCCCGGACCCAGCCUCUGGAGAAGGAGCUGGGCCGCCACAUGUGGCUAAACCAGGAGCUGAGUCAGAAGCUCAGUGGGGGGAGUGCAGGCCAGAGCAGGGGGGGCGAGAGGAGGAGCCUCUGCCUGGAGAACAGACCUGGAAACGAAGAUGGGCCCCCCACGGCAGCACCGGAGCUUCCCUGGCAGGCCUCGCUCCCCGAGGGGAGCCCCCGGGCCCGGGAUGAGACCAGGGACUUGGUCCACGCCCCGCUGCCCCUGACGUGGAAACGCUCGAGUCUGUGCAGCGAGGAGCAGGGCUCCUCAGAAGAGAUGAGGCCGCGGGAGGCCGCUGAGCCUCUGGUGGGGCGGAUGCUACCUGUGGGUGAGGUGGGCCUGGCCUGGAACUUUGGGGCCUGGUCCAAGCCCCGGUGGGAACCCCGGAGAGCCAGCCCAGGGAUGAUCGAUGUCCGCAAAAACCCGCUGUAGGCCCUUGGGCUGGCCCUGCCACGGAGGGCGAUUCCGAUCCUGCUGAAAGGUGCACUUGCCUUCGUCUUGCUUCCAUGAAGGACAGUCCUCACCUCACACCCUAACCGGGCCCUCAUCUUUUUGCCAGUGGAGGCAACAGACUUGGGCCAUGCCCGAAAGCACUGGACUUUUCUCUUUGGCUGUGCUGGGACAGGACCCAGGGAGCCUUGCGCCCUGUCGCCGAGUUACACCCCUGCAGCCCUUAUUUUUAAAAAAUAGGCAAUCCUACACCCACUUCCUGGAAACUGGGGUUUCAGGACAAUUCCGGCUUCGAGCGUAAGCCUGGGGCCCAU